ACGAGGGCGAGAGCGACGCAGCCUCCCUCCAGCAACGAUUACUGAUUAGUGUGGCGGCGAGUGCGGCGGGGCCGCCCGCUUGGAGCUCGAAAAUGCCGCCGCCGACUCGUAUCCAACCCUCCAGUUGUAGUGUCAAUGAGGAAAGGUUCUCCAGUCAGGUCGUGUGGCGACCGCGCUUGGCCUCAGCCCCUCGCCGGCGCUCUGCCGAUUGAUUAACUGUCCUCCGCGAUCAGCUGAUUGAGUGCGGCCGCGUGCACCGGCACUCACGACACGCCUCUACAUGUGCUUCGGUUACUACUCUUACUACGUUUGUGUCAUGUUGUAUAUCAAUGUAUUUGGUGGUUGACGAUUGUUUCGUGUUUCCUAUGUGCAGCCUGUCGUCGACUCCGGUUUGUUGCAAGAAACCCGGGAAGAUGAAGAUCUGCACGUACUUGCUGCUGAGUUUUUUAGCAGUGCAGGCGUCGCCAGAGCCGCGGCGCGCGCCCGCCAUAUUGGAGCCGCCGCACCAUGUCGACUUCACCAACGACACUGGUGUGCUGCUCAGCUGUACCACCAGGGGAGACUACCAGUUGGACUGGUUGUUAGCGGACAACUCUCUAGCUGGUUCACUGGCAGGUCUCCGGCGGGUGCUGGCCAAUGGUUCGCUGGAGCUGCUCCCGUUCGCAGCGGAGCUGUUUAGGCGAGAUGUGCACGCCACCACGUACCGGUGUCGAGUGCGGCUUGCGAGCGGAUACGCGGUGCUCUCCAAGAACAUCCAUGUUCACGCCGCACUAAACAUACCAUGGGAGAUCCACGUGCCGGAUGAGUACGUGAUGGCGGGAAACGCGGCGGUGCUGCGGUGUAUCGUCCCGCCCCACUGCGCGGACAGGGUCGGCAGUACUGACUGGUUUACUGACGACCAGAUCGCCGUCUCGCAUCAUUUAGGAUCUAAGUACCAGCGUCUUGACGACGGUUCAUUAUACAUAAGCGGGGUGAGCCCGCGCGACCGGCACAAUGCGUUCCGGUGCCGCGUACGGGACCGGAUCACCGGGACCACGUACGCUAGCCAGUAUUUCGGUCACAUAAUAGUGACGGAGCCUAAAGGCGGUGUUAGACCGCGCGUGGCGCUGGAGCCGCGCACGCGCCGCAUCCAGGCCGGGCAGGACGUGCGGCUGCCGUGCGCCGCACACGCCUGGCCCGUGCCUAGCUACAGGUGGUUCCGUGAGCACCACGAAGAGCUGGUACCUAUCGAGAAGACUUCCCUGUGGUCCCGCGCGAGGCUGCUCUCAGGUGGUCUGCUCGGCCUGCAGGCGGUGCGACGUGAAGAUGCCGGCCGCUUCGUCUGUUGGCUUAACAACACUGUCGGUGGGGAGUCCGUGCAUUUCACACUCAUUGUUACUGAACCCAUCUCCGUCCGAAUAAAACCCGAAGUUGUCCGAACGAAAACGAAUGCUGACGUCGCGUUUGAAUGUAAAGUGUCGGGCCAUCCAAUCGAGCUUGUCUACUGGGUGCACGACGCGAAGGUUGUCAAACCCAGCGAGAGAAUAAAGAUUUCAGAUGACGGCCUAAGAUUACAUAUCAAGAAUUCUCAGAAAGAUGACCAAGGCGUAUACCAGUGCUUCGUCAGUAACACGAAGGAUCAAGCUUACGGGAUAUCUGAAUGUUUAAUAGACGUGUCGGAGUCUCGGUCCCGCGCGGCUGGUAACCGCUCGCGGCGCGCACCCUUCGCCCGCAGCACGCACACACACGACGCGGACUGGAACUUUACCGGAACUAGAGAAUCGAAGCCCGAGCUGGUGUAUUGGUUUUCGGAACAGACUUUGCAGCCGGGGCCGAGUGUGUCGCUGAAAUGUGUGGCGAUGGGCCAUCCUCCGCCGCAGUUCACGUGGCUACUCGACGGGUUCCCUAUACCCACUAACUCAAGGUUCGUAGUGGGGCAACACGUGACGCUGCAAGACGACGUCGUGAGCCAUCUGAACAUCAGUCGAGUGACCGAGCAGGACGGGGGAGAGUACGCCUGCGUGGCAUCCAACACUGCGGGGAAAGCACUCCACGCGGCCAGAGUCAACGUGUAUGGCUUGCCGUACAUCCGAGAGAUGCCCAAAGUUACCGCCGUGGCUGGGAGCGACCUGAAUAUCAAGUGCCCUGUCGCCGGCUACCCUAUCGAGUCGAUCACGUGGGAACGAGAUGGACAGACUCUACCCCUAAACCGACGGCAGAAGGUGUUUCCUAAUGGCACAUUGAUCGUGGAACAGACGCAAAGAGGUGAAGAUGCUGGCACAUACACGUGCCAAGCUGCCAACAGACAACGACACGCGGCCAGACGUGACGUCGAAGUACAAAUACUAGUUCAGCCAAAAAUCUUGCCUAUACCAGCACUAACAAAUUUAUUGCGGGAAGGUAUGAGAGCGGCAAUCUCUUGCCAGAUCUUAGAGGGCGAUUUGCCGGUCGCUUUUCGGUGGGAGAAAAACGGGCAGCCUGUGACGUCAUCGCCUUACGCGCCCAGCGGUAUAAUAACACGAAGAAUGGACGAGUACAGCGCGUCAUUGGUUAUCGAGCAAGUGACGUCACUACAUAGUGGGAAUUACACGUGCAUUGCUUCUAAUGUAGCUGGGUCAGAGCGAUACACAAUACCCUUAACAGUCAAUGUCCCGCCUCGAUGGCGUUUGGAGCCUAAUGACGUGGCGGUAGCCGCUGGCCAAGAUGUGACAUUACAAUGUCAAGCCGAUGGUUACCCUAAACCAACAAUCACGUGGAAGAAGGCUGUGGGUAACACUCCUGGCGAAUACAAAGACUUCAUGUUUGAAGGGAGCUCAAGGGUCCUGGAGAAUGGCUCCCUCGUGUUCGAGCGAGUGGCCAAAGACAGCGAGGGGCAUUAUCUCUGCGAAGCUAGAAACGACAUAGGCGCCGGACUAAGCAAACUCAUCUUCUUAAAAGUAAACGCUCCUGCCCGUUUUCCAAUGAAAAGCAAGACUGUACAAGUGACAGCAGGGGAGGCAGCUCAUCUUCAGUGCGCGGCGUCAGGGGACGCCCCACUGGAGGUCAGCUGGCGAAGUCCACAUCACCAUACCAUUGCACAUCACUUGGACCAAAGAUACACGAUUCGGGAGCAGGUGUUGGAUGACGGCUUAGUCUCCGAACUCAGCAUACUACAGACAUACAGACAAGACACGGGGGCUCUGACCUGUCGGGCAUCGAACGCGUACGGACAAGAUGAAAUGCUCAUACACCUUGUGGUGCAAGAGGUACCGGAAAUGCCAAAGAACAUAAGAAUAAUAGACCAACAGUCUCGCUCAAUACAAAUAUCGUGGACUCAACCCUACGCCGGGAACAGCCCGAUCAUCAACUACAUCGUUCAGUAUAAGGAGGCACCAGAUUCCUGGCCAUCAACACCACAAAAAGUGAUCGUACCAGGCAGCGUGACGUCAGCUAGUGUACAGAACCUCCAGCCAGCGACAUCAUAUCAUUUGAGGAUAAUAGCUGAGAACAGACUCGGUCAGAGCGAGCCCAGUCAGUUGAUACAAGUCACUACCACUGAAGAAGUGCCUAGCGGUCCGCCGCUAGACGUGAGGGUUGAAGCAAAAAGUUCCACGGAACUUAUCGUGAGCUGGGAACCACCACAAAGGGACCUCUGGAAUGGAAACAUUCUGGGAUACUACGUCGGCUUCCAAGAACUGAAUAGUAACAGCACAGUUCUAAGCGCGAGUGGUCCUGGCGGUGCAUCUUACACAGUACGCACGGUGGAAGGCGCGGGUACAGCGCGUGCUCGCACCACGCUCUCUGGCUUGCAGAAGCACGCUGCGUAUGCUGUCGUCGUGCAAGCCUACAAUAGUAGGGGGGCUGGUCCUGCCUCACCACCCACUACAGCCACUACUAUGGAAGAUGUGCCAAGUCUACCACCGGGAGCCCUGCAAUGCACAGCGCUAAGUUCUCAAUCUGUUCGCGUGGCGUGGGAACCUCCCCCUUUGAGGGGAAGGAACGGAGUCUUACAAGGAUACAGGGUCACGUUUGCACCAGUCACGGACUGGUAUGGCAGCGAAGAUGCUGUAACGAAGCAAAUCUCGGGUCUGCAUACAACUCUGUCUGGGCUAAGACGUUACACUAACUACUCUGUGACGGUGUGCGCGUUCACUGCGGCCGGUGAUGGAGUCAGAGCCGCUCCUGUCUACUGUCAUACUGAGGAAGAUGUACCUUCAGCUCCUGCUGACAUCAAAGCAGUUGUAUCUUCUCGCAACAAGAUCUUGGUGUCAUGGCUGCCACCGUCUUCGCCGAACGGAGUGCUCGUGGGGUACACUCUAUACAUGAGUGUCAUUGAAGAUGGAAGAGAGGAGGGUACCCACAAACGCAUGCUGUCUCCAAGCACGUUAUCCCACGAGACAUCUCGGUCUCCGCCUCGAGCCACCCAUCAGUUCUGGGUGUCAGCUUCCACGAGACUCGGAGAAGGUGAAGCAACCCGGGUAGUGACGGUAUUACCUUCGGAAUCAGUUCCAGCUCGGAUAACGUCAUUUAGCCGCAGCAUCGUGACUCCCUGGAAGGAGAACAUAUCACUACCCUGCAAUAAAGUGGGUGUCCCCACUCCAACAACCAUUUGGAGUAUGAAUGGAGCUACUUUAGAAUCGACAUUAAGGAAAAAUGUAACAACGGACGGGUCUCUCAUCAUCAGCAUGACGCAGUACUUAGACAGUGGCAACUACACAUGCUCAGUGGAGAAUGUCCACGGUCGAGACGAAGUCACAUACAGCGUUGAAGUCAAGGUUCCCCCUCAACCGCCAGUUCUCGCCGUCGUAGACUCCUAUGCGGAUUCCCUGCAUCUGCAGUGGAGCGACCAAGGCGACGGAGGCAGCCCUAUCCUGGGAUAUGUAAUAAACUACAAACGAGAACACGGUGACUGGGAGGAGCUGCAAGUGGAAGCCGGUACUUCUGAACACGUUCUACCAAACUUAUGGUGCGGCACUCGAUAUCAGCUGUACAUAACUGCCUUCAAUCGUAUUGGUACUGGCCUACCGUGUGACAUCGUCCACGCAUACACAAAGGGAACCGUCCCUGUAAAACCGAAGCACUCUCAAAUGAUAACUCUGAACACGACGACGGUGACGGUUUGGCUGGACUCGUGGGGGGACGGCGGCUGUGGCAUACUGUACUUCGUUAUAGAGUACCGAGAGAUUAGUCAGUCACAGUGGCGGCUGGUAUCGAACAGCGUGCAGGCAACAGAGCGCGUGUUCAGCGUGCCGGGCCUCACCCCCGCCACGCACUACCAGCUCCGCAUCACUGCGCACAAUAACGCGGGCCACGCCGUCGCACUCUACAAUUUUACUACUCAUUCCCUCAGUGGCAGUAAGUUCACUUGUUUCUGUAUCACUCUCCUUUUGGUGGGUGUGUCUGCGGAGGGCGAGGCGGCGGGCGCGCUGCCGGCGCGGCCCGCGCUGGGCGGCGCGCGCGUGCUGCUGCCGGCCGCGCUGGCGCUGCUCGUGCUGGGCGCGCUGCUCGCCAUCGUGCUGCUCGUGCGACGCAACAAAGCUGGUGCCACGGAGACAGUAGCAACGGAGAGCGGUGUGGGCGAGUCUCCCUCAGUGGCGCAGCUGCAGAACAAGGUGAACCGCGACCAGCAGUACCUGGCUGCGCGUGCGCAACACCCGCCGCCACAACAUCACUACAAGCACGCGUCUAAUGAAUACAUAGAAGAUAUUUGUCCAUACGCGACCUUCCAACUGACGAAGCCGACAGCGUACAGCGAGAGCAGUUACAGCGGCAACGUGUACAGCGGCCCUUACCACUCUGUCAGAGGGUCAUUUGUGUACCAUGACCUCAAACAGAACGACAAAUAUAAGGGUAAGGAGCCAGAGUACACUAAAGUAAGAAGAAAAGGCAACAGACUUCGGGAUCCACACUCGGAGAGCCAAGAGUCGGACAACUUGGGGUCGACGGACUCGGAGGUGAAGAAGAUACUAACGCUGCACCUGCCCAUUACAGAGUACGAAGACGACGCGAGUGACGACGCGAGCGCGCCGCACUCCGACAGCGAGCCCGCCGCCAGGCUCAGGCCCACACACCCCACCGCCUACCCAAGCGUAGAGCGCGAAGAAUCCUCAUCAUCAUCAGAGAACUCCAUGGGCGGGGUGGUACGUAAAGCCUUCCCCUCCCGCAAGGGCAAGGCGGGGGCGCUCGGCAAGAGACACGUGCGCUCGUCUUCCGGCUACAGCAGCCAUAACGACGAGACCACCUUCAGCAUAUCAAACUACCCUUCGUUCAACGACCACAUCCACCCGCCGUCGCGCUUCUCAGACGACACGGACGAACCGCACGCGCGACGCAAGCGGCCCCCCCACCCGCACCCACAUCACGACGCCAAGGUCACGCGCGAAGCCUUCCAGAUUAACGUAUGAGACUAAUGAUCACCAACUGUAGGGAAAUACUCUUAAGCUCUAUAGACUGCACUCCAAUGUGCUGGAGCAGCUGAAAGGCAGGCUGUCUGCCAGUCUAGAGCGUUAUAAGGAAGGGAAUGUGGAAAGAACAUUGUAUAUGGCAGCACUGUCGGAUCAAACAUCUAAAAAGAUAAACAAAACAUUAUUCAUUGCUUUUGCAAUAAACAUACAUAUACAAAAGCAAUAAAUAAUGAAAAGCAGCUACCUUUUUAGGCUUUCGUGUGGUCAUAACGAAUUUUAAAUGCCAUCGUAUGGUUCACAAUUCUGUGAUAUGCCCUUCAGUCACGCUAAUCAUUCUUUCCACUAAUUCAACCUUUCGAAACGACACAAUAAAGACUUUAUUCACGCCAGCAUGAGACAAAAUGAAAACAAAUCUACCCACAUAAGUAAGCUAUUGUAGUACGAUAAUAAAAUUCUUUAUUGAGGGUGCAUCUGUUUUUGUUUUGUUCCAAGCAUUAACUUAAAUAAUUCUAAGUAAUGUACUUAGAAUCCCUUGUCAUGUAUCUAUUGUAAGUAUUAAAUAUAAAAUGUUAAGUUUUGCUGCUCUUUCAGAGUAAGCAAAAAGGCGUGGUCAAUCUGGGUUAUUUAUGCACCUAUAUAAUAUCUACUUGAAAUAGACAUGGCAUUAACAUUAUUCUACACUGCAUUCAGUUUUGAAAAUGUGAAAUAAUCGCUCAAAACAAACCAAUGUUUUUUGUACGAACUGCCUAUUUCGACUCUACUUUUCCACAAACACAACUUCCAUUUUUUCUAAUACGCGACUGUAUUUUAAUUUAAGUCUGCAUUGUAAUAUUUUUACAUAACCGUUGCCAAACUCCAUAUUGCUAGAGAUGUAAAUAAAACUGUAGAUAGAUAGGUAUAGCCAAUAUAAUUAUUUAUUCUUUAGUGCCACGUAUAAUAGAGGAAAUCAAUAAUCCUUUUUUUUUGUACUCCGAAACUGAGUAUUUUAAACGAAAUGGCUUUAAAUGCCGUUAAAGUUGUAGGUUCUAAAACCACUGGUCGUUGUGUAAAUAUUAAUGUAAUUAAUGUUAGGUACACAUUAAUGACUAUCGAAUAUAAAAAAUAAGAAGAACAAUAAUUAAAGUUAAAAUAUAUAUUUUAAACUUAAUGCCUUAUUGACCAAAAGUCUUAAAACUAGUUACGGAUGUCAUUUGAUAUUAUGUCCGAUAUUUAAUUAAAUAUGAAUUGUUUGAUUGUUGUAAAGUUUAUGAAAACAAGAAUGUUUUCAUCGGCAAAUCUUAUCAUUGUCUGUAACAUUAAGGUUUUGAGGUGUGUAAAUGAAUUUUCAAUACUAUUUAUAUCUUAAGAUUAUGGUAAGCAUUUGUUGAAGUGCCAACAGUGGAUCACCGGUUAAUGUGAAAUAUGCAGAAUAUGCAAAUGUACUUAUUAAACAGUUUACACAGUCACCUACUCAUAAACGUAAGACUAAUCAUUUUAUUACAAAAUUCAACUGAACUUCCCAAUUAUGCAUAAAACUUACUAUAGGGAUGAUGACUAAAGAUUUAUUUAUUGUUUAUCAGAUAAUAAUUAAACCAAAUAUUGUUCCUUUUCUUAUGUACCAGAAAUUCAAAAUGCGUUCAUUAACAUCGUAUGACGUCAUGGUCGCAUGGGAGCAAGUGUGGGUACUAAUUUUCAAAAUUCUAAAUAAGAAUCUACUGUUUUUAUUCUCUUAAUGGCAGUAAAUAAAUUAUGGCUCCUCACGCCUUGUCAUCAUGCCUAUUCUUUUCGGAGACUGCUUAUAUGUAUAAAACGUUAAAUUUCAAUGUUCAAUCAUUUUCUUCCCUAUCCUGUGGUUUGAGAAUUCUCGCUUCUUGUACUAUUAACAAUUUUUUGAAAGGUACCAAUUAUUGUAUUAUAUUAUACAGAGGGUUUCUUUGAAUACGCACGCCUUCAGCCGUCGACGUGCGCGUUCAAAGAAAUCAAUAUACAUCAAUUCUUGCAUAAUCGAUGUAAAUUAAUGAAAUAUUAGUAUUAGAGUCCACACAGAUCUAUUCGAACGUAAACUGAGAGAUUUUUGUAACGACAUUACAAUCUCAACUCUAUUUUUAACCGCAUAAAGCACAAAGUAUUUGAGAAAAAUAUUAACAGUCUGUACCUAUUUCUCUGCAAACAAAUUGGCACAUUAUGUCGCUAAAUAUAGAGUUGAUUUUACAAUGUUAACUUGAAAUCUUGUAGUUUACGUUCGUAUAGAGAUGCGAAGACCGAUAGUAUUAUACAAUCCUCAGUAAUCAGUAACACGUGACAAUACACUUACCUAUAGUUUGGUGAAUACGGCAGAAAGUUACAAUUUGUAUGUACAUUGUACACUGUAUCAUGUUGUAGCUAUAGUUUAUCGAGUGUUGGACACAAACUGCGUUUUGUAUUCAAAUAACAUAAUAUUUCAAGUGAGUUGUGUGAGUUUAUAAUGAUUUACAAUUGUUUACGUUGACACUCUUUAGUAAUUCCAACGAAGACUGCCCUAUAUUUAAUUGAGAUCUAUUUUAUAUAAUCUAGACACAAUUACCUAAUGCUAGUCAAUACAUUGUAGAUGUUUUAGCGAUGACGUAAUGAUUUAAACAAUGUUACCGAUUUAAUUGUUUAACAUUUUUGUUUUGCAUCGAGAUUUCAAAUCGGAUGGCAACGUCAAGAUCAAACUUUAAAUUAGAUACAAAUAUUAAUUGUAUUGUGUUUGUCUAUCGCUUUAGGAAAUAAUUCGGUGAACUAUUUAUAUAUGUCACAAUCUUGGCACAAUUUUAAUCCCAUAAGUAUUAUUUUAGAAAACUAUAUCUUUAUUUAAUCACAUUUUAUCUCAAUCAAAAAUCAUUAUCAAAACUACUUUAAAAUCAUUCUGAAUUCUAGUCAAUGUACCAUAUCAUUUUUAAACAUUUUGUUAAUAUAAAUAAAUACACAAGUAUUAUAAUUGUAAGGGUUAGUUAAUCUUGUUGUUACAGAUAUGUUUUUAUAAUGCAAACAAAUGAGUUAUUAGGACAGUAUGAUGUGAACGAAAAUAAAAAUUCAUUUACUUGAAA